AGAGUCCAACCUCCUCCAGUCAGUGACUGUCAUCAUGGAGGAAAAGCAGACGACUGUAGCCGAGUGAAGAGGAACAAACACCGCAUCCCCAGCUUUGUUUCGCUUGUUAUUUUUAUUAUUAGAAAUCGGUUAUCAAUCAACACAAACAGAACCGAAGACACCUGAGCGGCCAAUAUGAAGCAUUUUCUGAGAGUGGUGACCCAGUUCUUUGUGUUCCUCUACUGUAAAUGUCUGUGGCGGGGCCUGAAGUUUGUAGCCAGAAAGUUUACGGGGAACUGCGAGCUACAGCGAAUCUGCUACAACAACAAGCAUGGAGCCCGCAGGACCCUGAAGAUAGAAUCGUCUCUGAGGUUCUCCAAAAAUGAGCUGCUGCAGUCUGCCCUCAGCAUCCAUCCUGAUAAAGUGGAGAAAACCAUUGAAGACAUCAUGGCGUUGAAGAAGAUUAACCCUGACACCAACCCACAGUUGGGCAUCUCUCUCCAGGCCAGCCUGCUGCAGAUUGUGGGCUACAGGAGCCUGGUGGCGGAGGUGGAGAAGCUGCGCAAGGAGCCGUACGACUGUGAAAACCCAGAGCACGAGGACAUGCUGAUGAAGCUGUGGAAGGAGCUGCGUCCUGACACACCUCUCACUGGACGCAUCUCUAAACAGUGGUGUGAGAUUGGUUUCCAAGGCAGCGAUCCCAAGACUGAUUUCAGAGGCAUGGGCCUGCUGGGCCUGCACAACCUGCUGUAUUUCGCAGAACAUGACAAGGCCACUGCUCUGCAGAUGCUCCACGACUCCCUGCAACCAAAGCACAAGAGCACACACAGAAAUCCAAGUGAGAUAAACAAGCCUGAAUGGGAACAGAAGAACCUAGACAAAGCUAUUGGAUAUUCCUUUGCCAUUGUGGGCAUCAACAUCACAGACCUGGCCUACUCUCUGCUGGUGACUGGAGCUCUGAAGACCCAUCUGUACAACGUGGCCCCAGAGAUGCCAAGCCUGCUGCACUUCCAGCAGACCUUCUGUUACCUGAUGCAGGAGUUCCACCGUUUCUGGAUCGAGGAGGAUCCCAGCGACAUAAUGGAGUUCAACCGGGUCCGCUCCAAGUUCCACCGGAGGAUCCUGCGCCAGCUGAAGAACCCGGACAUGGCUCUGUGCCCCCACUUCUCCGCCUCCCACCUCCACCUGGUCAACCUGUAAACACACAAUCCCCUGACCUGUGACCCUCCCCACUGAACCCUUCAUACCCCCACAGAGGUCUCCCCUGGAUAUCCGGUAGGCCAACAAAAAAAACAUCAGAGCACCCUUUACACUUAACAUACAUGGUCCCUCAAACAGCUGGACACAUCUGGGGGGAGGCUCUGUUCCUUCUCUGCUCAGUCCAUCUCGUCUCAGCUAACAUCAUGUCGCGUCACUGCCAAAAGCUCACUCAACCACUACACACACACACACACACACACACACACACACACACACACACACACACACACACACACACACACACACACACACACACACACACACACACUGCCUCUACGCCCUCUGCACUGCAGCGGUACACCACCAGCAUCAGAGAUGACCAUAGCGAUUGUAGAUGUGCUUGAGGAGGGUGCACCACACAACUCAUCAUUAUCUGUUGCUUUAAUUAUUUAUGACGAUUGUAUCACAGCUGAUACAGCUCAGUCAUGGACCCUGUGCUUAUUCUCAUAACAAACCAAAAUGUUCAGCCAAAAAAAUAAUAAUAAAAAUCCCUUUUUUUAGAUUGCAACGUAGUGCUCAUCAGUUCAUUAUAUAUUUUGGCAAUUAGCUAGUCUGGCUUUCAGACCUGAGGUCAAAUGUGUCAAAACUAAUAUUUUGUAUUAAAUAUGAAGAGCUAUAAGAUAUAUAAUGUAAGUUUAAAUGAAGCAUAAAAGAAAUGUUGCUGGUGCUGAUUCAAUCAAUUAAACAAUAUGGCCAGUUCAUCUCUUAGCUUUGUCUGUAUUAGCUAAUCGAUAGACAUUGUACUGUACUCUUUAUGUCAACGUGACAUUAAGACUUGUCCUUGCCAAAAUAUCGAAUGUGGAGAACUUACAAUCACAGCCGUAGUUUGUUUCUUGUGAGCUCAAAUGUACGUUUUGUAAACCUGCUAAAUGAUGUUCAUAAAUAUUUUAAAAGCUACACAUAUUCAAUGUGCAGCAUUAGGCAGCACAGUUCCCAGUUUGGAUACUAAAAGAGCUUCACCUCUUGCAAUUAAUAACCUUUUUUUAUUUCCUCGCACAUAUUUACGCUUUCAAAGAUGAUUUUUUUGGGAGCAUUUUAGGCCUUUAUUUGUGAUAGGACACCUUAGGGGGAAUGACGAGCAGCAAAGGUCUGCAGGUCAGAGUCGAACCCGUGACCGCUGCGUCGGGGACUGAGUCUCUGUAUAUGGGCACACGCUCUAACAGGUGAGCUACUCAGGCGCCCUAGGAAACGCAUUUUAAAAAUAUUUCAUGAACUUUGUUUUUACAGGUUUGCAAACAUUUUUUGCCUUUGCUUUGACCCCAUGCAGAUAUUCUGUUAUGAAUGUUCCUCACAUGCUCACGUUCACGAUUGUUUGACUAUUUUAAUUGAUUGAAUGUGACACUGUGUCCACUGUUGUAUCAGCCAAAGCAAUAAUUUACAUUCAUUUCACUGCACAUUUACUUUAACUGUAUUGAUUUGCACCGUGCGUGCCUAAGUAUUCGUUUUAUUUUCUAACUCAGAGCUGGAAUUCUAAUCAAGUCAUAGCUGCAGCUAUAGCUAUGCUGCAUGUAGCAUUCAUGUCAAAUGGAAAGUUGCUGUGCUGCAUUUUACAAUGUCCACAUUUUUGGGGGGAAACCUGCUGAAUUACUUUAAGGAAGUGAAAACUUGUUUGUCCCUUUCAGUAAAGCCAAAGACACCAGGGAUGUUACAGGAAGCAGUUUAUAAAGAAUGUAGUCUUACUCCGAUUUUCCACUGGGCACGUCUUUGCUGCGUUCCGGUUUUGUUCCGUCCUCCGCCACGUGCCAUACCACGCCGGGAGCGUCUCUGAAGCGGAGCGUCUUGCUUCCCGACUCACAGAUCUCAUUGUCUCUACAAGUACUUUACAGAACAAUCAGGUGUUUAUUAAGCUAGUAUCUACCUUCCACUCCAGGCACUCCUACAGUUACACUCUGUGCCUUCUUGCAGCAUGGUGGCCCAAUGGUUAGCACUGUGGCCUCACAGCAGGAAGGUUUUGGGUUCGAAUCCAGGUCGUUCCGGGCCUUUCUGUGUGGAGUCUAUAUGUUCUCCCCAUGUUUGUGUGAGAUU